AUGGCAACGAUUACUAUUUCAGGAGGUCCCGGUGGCGUCCUCAAGAACGUCCUCACGUUAAUCGGCAUCGCCUUGAUUCUCAUCAACUUCGAAGGCGCUUUGAUUUCCCCCCGGAAAGCGUUGAAUAAGUUCUACGGAAUACGACACGAGAACUCCAUACAGGUCCACUUGAUGCAACUGUUGUGUUGCGUCAGACUUGGGUUAGGGUUCAUAUUACUCUCGACUCGCUUGUCGUCGAGCAAAGAAAGAUUUAGAAUCGCAUGCGUUGCGUUCGUGACCAUGUCUGCGGGGUUGAAGAGCAUGCACGUGAAUAAAUUACCAAACAGCACGUUUGAUUUGAAAAACGUCAAAGGGAAGUUUGGGUUCACGUCGACGGAUAUGUUGGAGUUUAAAUUGUUCUUCAUGACGACUUUAAUCGGCGUCGGGAUUGUGUGUCACAUGUUUGAACCCGGGUUGUUUACGAAGGAUAAAAACGCUCGCGUCAGCAAUGAAAAUAAGAAGACGAGAUGA